AUGCGGCAUCGUGCAAGUGAGGAACUAGAUAUGGAGUCAAGCAGAAGACGAAGGCACAGCUUUGAAGAGGAUACCAACGAUAAGAAAGUCAAAUUUAAUGCGCCAUCGUAUGCCUUCCUGGAGACUAUUGACAAGAAAAAACUAGAUUUCGAUUUUGAAAAGACCUGUAGCGUAACGCUUUCUAAUCUCAACGUGUAUUGCUGCCUGGUUUGUGGCAAAUAUUUACACGGUCGUCGAGCCAAUACACCUGCUUUUUUACAUUCUGUCAAUGAUGGCCAUCAUGUCUACGUGAACUUCAACACUCUGAAAUUUUAUCUUCUACCAGAGGGAACUGAGAUACAAGACAAUGGGACAAUUCAGCUUCUCAAUUCACUGCGGUACGGCAUCAGACCAACUUUUACCGAGUCAGAGAUCGCUCAGUUUCCGAAGAGAUGCGUCGAUCUAAAUAACAACCAGUAUACAAAUGGAUUUGUCGGAAUGAAUGACAAAGACAGGGCCAUCAAUGUCGUGCUGUUGGCAAUCGCGCAUGUCACGCCAAUAAGGGACUACCUCCUACUAUCGGAUGUUGAUAGAGAGAGCCAGUUCAUACGAAGGCUCAGUGUCAUAGUACGAAAGCUGUGGUCAGUGAAACUCUUUAAACCUCAUGUCUCGGCGGAAGAGUUUGUGUCGUUUGCGUUAGUUAAUGAUAACAAAGCGGCACAUCAGAUGAAUGAUCCGAGGAGGUGUCUAUUAUGGCUUUUCGAUUGCAUGUCCAAAUAUUCUUCGACUUUGAAAGAGUUGACUGAGGCCCAUUGUCGAGGUAUAGUCUUGAUAACCAAGACGAUGAUCAAAACGAUAUAUGACCAGGCUCAAAACGUAAAAGAAUUUGUGCAAGAAGAAGACUCCGCUGUCGAUAAAUCGCUACCGUUCUGGAUGUUGACACUUGAUCUGCCGCCGAAACCACUCUUCAAGACAGGAUUAAAUGUUAACGAUUUGCCGCAGGUGCGACUGGAAGAGCUCAUGAGCGAGUUUGAUGGGCAGACUGAGAAGCAAAUGUCACAUCAUAUCUUGAAGUACCGACUGAGAAAAUUCCCCGAGUAUCUGAUACUGCAUUUUGAUAGGUUCGAUCCAAAAACUCAACAGCCGGUGAAGAACAGAAAUCAAACAAUAGUAGAGUUCCCUUUAACUAUGGAGAUCGAAAGUCAUCGAUACGAGCUAAUGGCGAACAUUAUACACACAAGUGUAAAGCCCUCAACUGGAGCUGAAAAAGACGAAGAAAGCAGAUGGAUGAUCCAAUUGUACAACGACAAAGCUGAUGAGUGGCUGGAACUUGAUGGCACUAAUGCCAGGAAAAAAGAAAAAGAACUUUUGUUCCUGAAUGAAACCUAUAUUCAGAUAUGGGAACGGAAGGCAUCCUGA